UGGAUGGACAUUUCUCGGCACCUAGGCCUACCAAUCUUACUUCAUUCAAUAGUUUUAUUUGACUUUUUAGCUUAGUUAAUUCCAUUUGUUAAUGAGUGUGGAAACAUCUUUCCAUUUUUUUAUACGGAAUAUAUAAAUCCACUACUAGCAACGUUGUGCAAUGACCUUCUACCCUUUUUAAGAAAUGCUUCUUCAUCUCCUCUUCCUCUGUUUCCUCUGUUUCCUCUGUUUCCUCUGUUUCUUCAACCUUGCAACCACCUCUGAACUCUGUUUUGGCUCCACCUGCAAUGGCGAUUUUCAGACCAUUCGAUUCCCUUUCAGAAUUGAAAAUCAACAGCCCAAAUCAUGUGGGUAUCCCGGAUUUGACUUGACAUGCCAUUCCACGGGUCAACCCCUUCUCCAUCUUCCUUUUUCAGGGGAAUUCAUUGUUGAGUACAUAGAUUAUCAGAACCAGGAAAUUUGGGUCAAUGAUCCAAACAAUUGCCUUCCACGAAAGAUUCUGUCUCUUAUGCUUUUUGGGUCGCCGUUUGAAACUAAAAACAGCGAAGAUUUCACCUUCUUUAACUGUUCGGGGAGUGAUGAAAUCCCAUAUGAUUUCAACUUGAACCCAAUUUCUUGCCUUAGUGGAUUGUCUUAUACAGUUUUUGCUUCAGCUUCUCCGAUUGUGAAUGAGAUUUUGUCAUCGAGAUGUGUUUUAGUGAAGACUGUAUCGGUGCCGAAUUCAGGGUUGUUUCCAUGGGAUUUGAGGAAUGAUCUUCGAUUGGUGUGGAAAAAACCUAAUUGUAGAAAGUGCGAGUCAAAUGGGGGAGUUUGUGGGAUUAAACCCAAUUCAACCAAUGAAAUUCUAUGCAAAUACAGUACUCAAACUCGACGUGGGAUGCCAAGAGGGGCUCGGUAUGCGGUAUCUAUUGGAGUUGGAGUACCAGCAAGCAUGUGUAUUUUGGGCUUCUUAUGCUGCUUUUGUGCUCGAGUAAGAUCCUCCACACGAGGCCGCAAUUCCAGCAUUGAGGCCCAUUGGGUCAUCUCUUCUCGGCCCACUUUAAUGGGCCUAGAUGGGCCCACUAUCGAUUCGUAUCCAAAAAUUGUAUUGGGCGAAAGCCUGCGUCUACCAAGGCCCAAUGACAAUAUAUGCCCAAUUUGCUUGUCCGAAUAUCGGCCCAAAGAGACUGUGAAGAGUAUUCCCCAAUGUCAGCAUUUCUUCCAUCAAGAUUGUAUCGAUGAAUGGCUGCGAUUGAAUGCCUCUUGCCCUGUUUGUAGAAUGCCUCCUCUCAUUAAAUCUCCACCGUCCGAUUCUUCCUUCCAGCACCCUCCAUCUUUCGCCAAUUUAUCAAAUUUGUAAAUUUAAGUACAUCUUUUUUGUUUUGUUUUGUUUUUUUUUAAACAAUAUGUAGGGUCUUAAAAUUAACCGAAUAUUUUUCAGGUUUUUCUAAAGACCUAUAAACGACAUCUUAUGGUCUUUGGAAUUUGUAUUUUUGUAGUUUUGUGUGUAUAUAUAUAUUUUAACAAAGAAUCGUUUUGCU